CUUUGAUUGAACUAGCGGAAAUAGAUCAGCUUAUGGUUGGCAUCAAAAUUCCAACCUCCCCCACCACACACACUUCACCUCUUCCACAAUCUAUAUGAUGUUAUAGACGCUACGGCUUUCACUCCACGCAGCAAUGGAGAUGGACGACUUCACCAUGCAGAAACCGAAGCCCUAUCCAGGGUCGACGUCGACCAAUGCCCCGCUGCUCACGCGACCAAAAGGCACCAAGAGCUUUUUGGCCCCCAAAGCCUUCGACAGCUUCCGAUCUGGCCCAGAUCGAUCGUUUGCUCCAGCGUUGGGAGAGAAUGGCCGGAUGUACAAUGCUAAGGCUGCGGCUUGGAACACCGCGCAUACGCCUCUGGUCAGGAGGCUGAAGGGACGCCAUCUCCAGAUGAUUGCCAUCGGAGGCUCAAUUGGUACGGGGUUAUUCAUCGGCUCUGGAGCAGCUCUGGCGACUGGAGGCCCGGCUUCACUCUUGAUCUCCUUCAUCGUGAUCGGAGCCAUCCUCUUCUGCACAGUUCAGGCUCUCGGCGAGAUGGCCGUGACCUUCCCGGUGGCGGGCUCCUUCUCUGCUUUUGCUACGCGCUUUAUCGACCCCGCCUGGGGCUUUGCCAGUGGUUGGAAUUAUGCCAUGCAAUGGGCUAUCACGAUGCCUUUGGAAGUCAUGGCUGCAACGAUCACGCUGGAAUAUUGGAACUCGUCGAUUCCCAGUUGGGCCUCGAUCACCCUUUUCCUGGCGAUUAUUAUCUCCAUCAACUUUUUCAGCGUCAGAGUGUAUGGCGAAGCAGAAUACGUUUUUUCAAUAUUGAAAGUCACUGCCGUCAUUGGAUUCAUAAUUCUCGGCGUAGUCAUCAACUGCGGUGGCACGCAAGACAGUGGAUACAUAGGAGGCAUGUACUGGGCAAACCCAGGCGCCUUCCACAACGGCUUCAAAGGCUUCUGUAACAUCCUCGUCACGGCCGCCUUCUCAUUCUCCGGCACCGAGCUCGUGGGCCUGGCUGCAGCUGAGACGCAUAACCCUAGCAAAGCUCUCCCCACGGCCAUUAAGCAAGUGUUUUGGCGCAUAGCCAUCUUCUACGUGGUCUCCAUCGCGAUCGUAGGCCUCCUAGUACCCUACACAGAACCCAAACUCAUCAACCCCAACAACAUCUCCGCCAAAGCCUCCCCAUUUAUCAUCGCCAUCGAAUCCGCUGGAAUUCAAGGUCUCGACUCCGUCAUGAACGCAGUAGUCUUGAUCGCCGUCCUCUCCGUAGCCAACUCCUCCAUGUACGGCGCGACACGCACGCUCCAAGCCCUUGCCGAGCAAGGCCAAGCACCCCGCCUCCUGGCAUAUGUAGACCGCAAAGGCCGCCCCCUUGUCUCCAUUGCCUGCAGCGCUGCUAUUGGCCUCCUCGCCUACCUUUAUACAUCUUCCGUUCAGGGUCCAGCAUUUACCUGGCUCCUCGCGCUCUCCGGCCUGUCAUCAAUCUUCACCUGGACCAGCAUCUGCUGGGCGCACAUCCAAUUCCGGAAAGCUUGGAUUCUACAAGGAAACCAACUCUCCGAUCUGGUCUACCAGUCUCCUAUUGGGGCUGUCGGAUCGUGGAUCGGCUUCUUCGCGCUCCUGCUCAUCCUAGUCGCGCAAUUCUGGGUCGCGAUCUCCCCAGCCGGCAGCUCCGCAACCACACCCGGCGCACAAGCGACGAAUUUCUUCGCAGCGUACUUGGCGAUGCCCGUCGUGUUGCUAUUUUACGGGUUCUAUAAGAUCUGGUAUAGGACAAAAUGGGUUAGAGUGAAGGAUAUAGAUUUGCAGACGGGGAGGAAUGAGUUUGAGACAGCAGGAGAGAGGAGGCAGUGGAAGGAGGAUAUGGGGGAGUGGCCUAGAUGGAAGGUCCUGUAUAAGACACUUUGUUGAUUGGAUUGAUGCCGCUUAUUCUCUUUCUAUAUACUAGGUUUUCUCAGAAUAGAGAAAUUCUCGAUCCUG